AUGAGCACUCUUCAAAAUCAAAGUUCUGCCACAUCUGCCAAAACCUUUAAAUUUCCCCGCGAACAUUCUUUUCCUCCUUUCUUCACCCUCCAACCUACCUCUUCGACUCUCCAUGCGCAACUUCGCAAAUGGAGCGAUUUAAUCCUUUCCUAUUUUGCGUUUCAUCGAUUGUUUCGUCUUACGGUUUCUACGUUGUUAUCUUCCGAGUUAUUUAGAAAUGAGAGGAUUAAUAGGAGAUUGGAUGAAGAGGGGUUGAGAGAGGUAUUGGAGUUUAUGAGAAAGGAGGGGAGAGUGGAGUGGAUUGGCGGAGGGGGGAAUGGGAAAGUAGGUGGAGAUAUAUGUUGGGUAUGGUGGAGGAAGGUAGAUGAAUGGGCGAGGGUUAUUGAGGAGUGGGUUGACGAGACGGGGCAGAGAGGGAGUGUGUUGACACUUUAUGAGUUGGUUGAGGGAGAGGGAGGUAGGGGUGCUGAAUUCCACGGUCUAGAUACGGAGAUAUUACAAAAAGCAUUGGCGAUACUGGUGAAGAAGGGAAAAGCUCAAGUUUUCGGACAGGAAGAUCAACAGGGUGUAAAAUUCUUUUGA